GUAGUGUUAAUGCUGGUGCUCCUGUUCCUACUCCUGAUCCUGCCACUGUUGCAUGUGAAACUGUUGUGGUUGCCAUCGCCGUCGUUACCCUUGUUAUUGUUGUUGCGACAUUUAACGCAUAAUACCGAUGAAAGGCCAUAGAACGACAAACAGCCGCAACGAGUGGGUGUCCAAGUAGUCAGUCAUAGGCGAAUCUACCGGUGAUGCUACAAUCGCUGUCAUUUGUGUUAGUGUUAGCGGCAGUUGUAAGUCUGGCCAUUGUAUUAGCAGUAGUUGCCGUUAAUAGCUACCUCUAAAACAUGUCGUGUCGAGGCUGGUGCUUGUGAAAGACGCAGCGCUGACGGUAUUGUCGAAAGCUGGUGCCAGUUGUUGCUACUGCUGCUGCUGCUGCUGACGCUGCGGUUAGCGUACGCCGUUGUUGUAGAUACUGAUAUCGUUGUAAGUUAUUGAAAAACGUCGCGCGAAGUCGUAUUGCUAUAGUCGGUGAUUGAGCAAAAGUCACGAGACAGAUAAUGAGAGCAGAUGUUCCAUUGUAACUGGUGACGUCAUGAUUAUUAGAUUCUGGCACUUGGCGCUCCUGUCGUGAACGUGAAAGGCACCGAAGUGAAUAAGAUUGCGAAACGUGUUCGCAAAAGUUUUUGAGUCGUCAUGUGUAGUCGCGAUAUCCGGGAAGCGUACGCUGUUCCAGAGCGUAUGACGAUGCACUUCAAGCGUGCGCAGGCUCAACAAAAUAAUCUUCUAUAUAUAUGCAAUAUGCGACAGUAUGCAAUAAGUAACAAACAGCAAAGAAAUCAGGACGGCAGACCUGAGUGAUCAGUCGAAUACGUUUAUGCAAUGCAUGAAUCGGACGGGCUGCCGCUGUCGCAAACCUUCAGACUACCGCAAAUCGUGCGAAUCAACCCGUUGUUAGUCGCGCUAUCAUGGUUGUAUGUGUUUUUAUAACAUACCACUUUCAGUCCGUGCUAGUUUCGAUCUUUAUUGCCUUGCAAGUGUAUCUCUGUUGUGCAUAUGUUUCUUUGAUGCUUUCAUCUCUAUACGGCUGGCUUUAAUACGUGCGAGUUUCGUAAGUUAUUCUUCUGCGUACGUUUUCUUGCCUACGCAUCAACAACCCCACGUAAAACGGGGAGCAUUUUAGCUCUGAUAGCGUCUAGGCUGCCAUCUCCACAAUCAGUUACAGUGUGUGCCUAACUUUCGUUGACUAUAUAUCUGUACAGUUUUCUUUUGUUUAUCUGUUUUUUCGGCGCAAUAAUCAUACAUGUAUUUACAGUCAUGUGUUAACUCCUUAAUGUUAAACGACAGUGCGAAAAGAAAUCUCUCGUUUUUUCGCUUGCUACUUGCUUGCGUCUCUGGUUAUCGUCCCGUCUCCGUUUGUCUGUCGCCCGCGGUGGACAUACGGCUACUGCUGCUGCCGCUCCCACUAAUGAUGAUGCAAGUGAAAGUGGUGUGCGUCUGUUGCUGCUGCUGUUGUUGUUAUCUUCGUGAUCGUCGUCGUUACCGUUGAGUGUCGUUGUUUCGUUGCCGUUGCUGCGUCGGGUGUUGCCUGUCGAUUCGUCGGGCAACGGCGCAGUCAGCGACUGCAGCCAGUCCAGCGACUGCGUUCGGCUAGAGACAGACAUACCGACAGAGAGUAGGCACCAGGCAAGGCAGCAACGGCGGCGGCAGGCUCGGGGGGCCUCCGGGAAGCGAGGAGCAAGCGAAUGCGAGCAGCAGCAGCAAUAGCAACUACUGCGACUGACUGCGACGAGCGAAUCGCUAACAACAACAACAGCAGCGACGGCUGAACGACGAACGGCAGUACCAGCAGCAGCAGCAGCAACGAGGCCAACGACAACGACUGCGACGAGGAGCUCCAAGCAAGCGAGCAAACUAUGCUGCGCUCCUGCCGGUAGAGGCCGUGUGUUGGCGGCGUCUGUGCUGGUGGGUAGCAGUAGAUAGUAGAGGUAGAAAUGUUGGGAGAUGAAGCUCCGUUGCGUCGUUGCCGAGGCGCCGACAGAGACGACGAGCGCUGUGACGCCGCUUGAACUGCUGCUGCGACCAGAAGCAGCAAAGGCACUACCCCCUCAAAAUAUCCACAACGUGGGCUAUGAUCGCGAUGAUGAUAAUAAUGAUGAUGGCGAUAAUGCUGAUGCUGAUGCUGCUGUUGCUCUGAGAUCUGUACAUUCACCUCUCUUCAUGACAUAUGCAUAAUGCGCAGGGACGUUGCGGGGUCCCUCCGGUUAUUUUCGGGCGUAGACAGACGGAGACAGAGAGAGAGUGAGAGCGAAUGCGAGAACAAGACCUCUUAGGUCGCAUAAACAAAAUCCUAGGAAGCAGGCCAUAGGACAGACAAAUCUUUAAAUGAUUUGCGAGCCAGCUGUCCAUUUAAAAACAAUCGAUGCCGGAACAGUAGGCACAGAAACUUCUUUUAAUUUUCUGUACUACGAUGAAUCACUAGACAAAAACAGGACAACUCACCGAAUACUUAUACUUCAGAUAUGUGAUGUAGUCUCUCAUCAUGUUACGCUUCAAUUCAAUGAGUUAUAUGGUUGACUGAAAACAAAACUAAUCUAUAUGAUAAGUAGCUAAUGUCACGUGUUGAGCAAAAGACACGGAACAAUGCGAAUUUCAUACCUCAUGGUGAAUCCUCGUUUUUCGGCGUUUUUGUUUUGAUUGUUUAUUUGGCAGAAAACGGUCAUCGACAAUCGCAUUUCCCUUUUCUUUUAGUCUCCUUGUGAGACGUAGAAAUUGUAUUCCUAUUGAAUUUGAAACAUUUACCCCAACCCCCGUGAGCAAUAAUAGCAGUAAUCAGAGUCGUGAUGCUGUAGAACACGAAACGUGAUCGCAACGUGCUCAUUCAAUGCGGGGGCUCACCGACCCUGCUGAUGAUGAUUAUGGUUAUGAUGAGGAUGACGAUAUGCCUGUCCCCCGUACGGUUAUGUGAGAGGCGGGGAAAGCUGGAGCGACGGUUGGCCGUCAUGCUAUUCGUUGCCGUUACCGGCGUUGUUGUCGUCGUAAAGACGACGGCUGCCGCUGCCGUUGGUGUUGCUGAUACUAUUGAUAAUGAUGCUGCUGUCACCAUUGCUGCUACGGUGGUUCGUUUCUUCGACCGUUGCGAUACUCAGACACUGUUCCGUUGCGCGCAGUGCUACUGCGUUCUUUUCUACGAUCUAUGGUACGAACACUAGCUGAAACAGCGCUGGCACCAGCAACGGCCCUGACAAACGGUUGCAACGGUUUCGCGGCAAACCGCGCUUUGCGCGCGCGCGCAGCCACAUUACUCAAGCAAAACGACCACGACGACAACGACGUUGGUGAUUGUGGUGUUGAUGAUUACAAGUUGGCAAAGCGAGCCGCAGUCAGCGGGUACAGAUUGCAAAUUAGCUGUUGUUGCUGGCUUAGCAGUCAGCAGUCUAAAGCUGUAACCGUUGCACCGCAAAACGCGUCGCGUCGAAGACAUGGCCCUGGCAGACUGACUCGCGGGCAAGUAGGUCGAUUUUGUUGUCACACAGUGGCAAGUAUAAUGCGUUGUUGCCCAGCCGCAACCGUAUACUGGGGACCGUUGGGGGUAGAGGGCACUAGUGAGACCUAGUAUUAUGUUGUGAUAUGAUAUGAAAUGCGUUGCUGUUGCGUCCAUCUAGCAACAACAGCAGCAAUAGCGGUGCUUUGAUUUGCUUUCGGUUCAUCUAUUUUAGGCGUCACACAUUUUAAUUGGUCACCACAUAGAUACACGCACUAUACUCAAGACAACAACAACAACAACAGCGGCCGAUCUGCAACGACGCCUACAGCGAUAGCGACGACGACGGCAACCACAAGGUUUCAACGACGGCUGGUGCGAGUAAGGCAGCAGGAGCUGUCUGAGCUAUCUUAAGGUUAUCGGGCGGGUCUUCAUUGCACUGAAAAGGUAAAGAACGAAUAGUGCAGUGCGUCGGCAGAGAUUGUCAACAUCUUUGAAGAACUGCCAGGCGCCGAGGCAGUUUUGAGGUAAAUCGAGUGAGCGGAGAAAACAGACAUCUUGUGCCGUGUUAUCAGCUCAUCGUGGUUCAGCAACCCGGUGUUCACCCUGUGCAUCGAUUAAAGCAUCUGCUAGAUGAUAAAAACGAACUGACAUUUCUAUUGAUCAGCAGUAGUCAGGUCAAUCGUGCCCAACAGAUCCAGAGUCUAGCCGUGAAUUCGUUUGCAAAACAGUCAGUCGUACCUUACAAAGAGGUCGUAAGCAAAGCUACGAGAAAACCCAGAAAAGUAAACGAGCAAAAGAAUGUCGAUGGACUGGGCGCAGGGCGCUGCGGCGCUUGUCAAAUUUAAUAAUGAAAAUGCGCAGGUGUUCCACUUUGGCGAGGCACUUUUGCAAGAAGUUUCAGGCAAGGUAAAGUAUGUAAUGGCGGCCACUGAGGGCUCUGAGGAAGACCGCAUAACAGCACUGUCCACGUUACGCAUCCUUAGUAGAGACAACCGUCUCACGGAUUCAGUAUUUAACACUGAGGUAGUAGAUAAGUUGUGCGCUAUCUCGAAGCUAAGCACGAAUUCGGGUCCGAUCGAGCCACAGAGCACGAAAGCAGUGCUUGAAGCUGAAAAAGUACUCUGCAAUUUAAUCUUUCACAGCGUGGCAAUUCGGGAUCAGUGCGCAGCUAAUGGGACCCUGCAGUCGCUAGUGAAACGUAUGUUAACCGUUGGCGAGGUUUGCAGGGAUAUCCAGCAUUUUGACAUGCGUAUUCUUUUCGGCAUGACAGCUUUAAAGGCGGAUACUCGCACCUUUGUGAGAGAAGAACUGGCAGCCAUUCCCCCGUUGUGCGAAAUUCUUGAAAAAUUACAAGGCGAUUCGAGCGAUUAUUUGUCCUGGGCACUUAAAGUGCUCUACAAUCUCACUGUAAACAUGGACGAAAAAGACAAACAAAAGAACAAGGAUUGCUUUGGCAGGCUGGUCGCAGUGUUGCGGCAGUUAUUGUUAGACAUGCGCGAAGACAAGCAGAUGGUGGGCGAAAUUAUAAAUUUACUAAGCAACAUGAGCAAGACGGCAUUACAGGGGAUAUUAUCGCCAACGAUAGCUUCGGAUACUAAGAAAUUCAUGCAUUACAACAUGGAAGCAGUGGACAUAUUGAUAGACCAACUCGAGCACAAAUUGGACACGCCGCACAAGAAAGAAUUUCUUGUCCCGGUUCUACUGUGCCUAUCCGAGGCAUCACGGGGUUCGAGAGUAAUCCGCAAGUAUCUCAAAAGUCGCAUCCUCCCCCCUUUGGAAGACGUCAUGAAUCGCCCGGAAGAAGGGGACACCUUGCGGAACAAGCUCGUCCGAUUGAUGACUUCACCCCUCACCGAGGUAAAGUGCGCAGCGGCGGAUCUGCUUUUCGUUCUGUGCAAAGAGAAAGUGGGCCGUCUUAUCAAGUAUACGGGUUAUGGUAAUGCGGCUGGCCUUCUUGCAAGCCGUGGCCUGAUGUUGGGCGGGCGCGGCCAAGGGCAGUAUUCAUCAGAGAGUGAGAACAGCGACACCGAGGAGUACACGAAGUACAAGGAUUCAAUAAAUCCUGUACUCGGAUGUUACGAAGCACCGAAGCCACAUCCAAUAGAGGGAAUGACCCAAGAGCAGAAGGAAUACGAAGCUAUGCAGCUGGUUCAACUAAUGGAUCGCCUGACGCGCGGCGGAGUCGUUAAGCCUUGCUCGGUCGGUGAAGACGGCAAACCACACCCUGUAGACCACGUCCUACAGCUACUGGAGCAGCGCGGUGAUCUCGAUAGGGACCUCACCGAAAGUGAAGAAGAUUAGCGCUAGGGAAGCUCGACAAACUCUUAGCUCUCUCUUUACCUUCGGCUGAACGCGGCCGCAACUUAGACAAAAAAAAAUCAAGCGAAGAAGUAAUUAAUCCUCUUUUGUUUCGCCUAAUCAUACGGCGCUACGCACAUUAUCAGCGUGGUUCCGUGUUUAGUGGGUGAUGAAAGGAUGAUGAUGUGACAAGAUACGCGGGUGCGUUAGAGCAGUGCAUAUGGAACAUUCUUGAGCUCUGAAAAAGAUGGUAACUAACUAUUUGCCUUUUGAAAAUGUCAGUAAUAGCAAAAUAUUAUAUGAUGCAUAAUGAGCGAAUGAAUAAUCAUAACGAGAGUGGCGACGGAAAUGAAUAAAAGUAAAAUUUUUCGUGGAACUAAGGCACUAGAAGUACUCUACAGCCACUUGCCAAUCAAUUACCAAUAACAAUUCAUUUAUCAAGUUUGUCUCUACAAGCCCUAAAAUUGGCAUACACGACACGGAACCUGGUCUGUCAGCCGACGCACGUCCUGCUAUCAGUCACUUGAUUUAACACGUUUGUGCAAUUGACGGGCGUAAACUUUCUUCACUUCGCCUUCAUAAUGAGUCAUGCGAAAAUUAGUAUAAAUGUAAGAUGAAAUAAGUGAACUCUAAUUAACUGUAGAAGUUACAUGACCUUCAGAUUACAAUAUACUAUAGUAACCGUGGUAGGGGAACUGAUUGCAUUCACCUAAUGAGUGCUAAUAUAUACUCUAGUAUUCUGUUGAUACAUCGACGCCAAUAAGGUAGUCGAUCAAAUCGACCAAAGAAAAAAACUUUUAAUAUCUUUCUCAUGGAACACAUAAAACCGUCAUUAGAUUUGGACAUAUAUAUAUAUAUAUAUACAUACAUACAUGCAUAAAUACACAUAUAUAUUCGUGGUCUUGGCAGGGUUGAACUUGAUGUUUGUCGAACUUGUAUCGCGUUCUGUAUUGCGAAUCAAACGGCACCGAUAGUUUCGUGGAUUAAAACAUGUUCAUGUCUCCUGCAAAACAAUACUAAGAAACGAUCUUAUUGUUCGUGCGUAUUGAAAAAAAAGACUAAAUCGAAAAAAAGAGCCAAUACUGCAAGACACGUGCGAUAUGAGAUGCUCCGCGACCUUUUCACUAUGUACACUAUGAUGUGAUGAUGGUUCAAGGAUACUGCGAAGGACGAAUCUAAUAACAUAAGUCUGUGAUGUGAGUGAGACGCGUCUAUAUGUAGACAAAGGUAUAUAUAUAUAUAUAGGAAUGCCCAUGAACAGCUUAAGGAAAGCGUACGGUAAUGAUGAUAUAAAUUAUGAUCAACUGAUCAACAAUAACAAGGGUAUUCCAAUUCUAAUGAAGGGUAGAAAUACGACAUUACGUAUAUAAUCAAAAUUAAUACAAUAAAUAAAUUGUCAAGCUACCA